AUGUUGACUGCUCAGCAGCAGCCUCUUCACGGUCCCUUGGGCACAGGUCCCAUGCGGGAGAGAAGCAUUUCCAAAAGACAAGCAUCAAAAGAAAUGCUGAGAGAGUUGGCACGGCAGGCAAAACACAGCGUCUUGGAGAGCGACGACAGCAGCCAAGAAAGGCAAACGGCUCCUCCUCCGUCCCCCAAGAUUCAUCAUCACAACCCACAGCCAACCACGGCACCGAAACCCAAGCCCCUGGACAGAACCACGCCCUGGAGCAGCAUCAAUGCUCUCAUGAGGUUCAACAGCAAAGACCACCAGUUCUGGUGGGACACGACGGGCCGGUUCUUUGCCACACUGCUCGAGCACGCCGGCUACAGCGCGGCCGAGCAGUACCGCGAGCUCUUCUUCUACGCCAUGCACGUCGCCCCGGAGCUCGGUCCGGCCCCGGACUCCCAGGGCAACGUGCAGCGGUGGCGCAGCCCCGGCACUCCGGACUCGACCCCGAUCGACUUCAGCUGGGAGUGGGGGCUGGACGGCAACGGCGUGGUGAGGUACUCCUUCGAGCCCAUCGGGCCCCACGCGGGGACGGCCCUGGAUCCCCUCAACUCGCACGCCACCGAGGACUGGAUCGACAGGCUCGACCGCCAGGGCCUCGUCCAGGGGCUGGACCUGGAGUGGUACAGGCACUUUACCCGGACGCUGCUGCCUGGCGGCCCUGGCCCGGGAGGCGACUCGCGCACGUCCAAGACCGCCCGGGACUUCAUCGAGGAGACGACGCCCAGGGCGGGCACGGUGGUGGCCCUGGACCUGGAGAAGCGCGGGCCCGUCAUGAAGAUGUACAUCUACCCGGGCCUCAAGGCGGCCGAGAUGGGCACGGACGCGCUCGAGCUGGUGGCCAGGUCCAUCAGGGGGCUCCCGCCGGCCCAGUACGCGUCGCUCCGGGACAGCGUCGAGCCGCUGCUCGACUACCUCCAGGGCCAAGGUGGGUGGCGGUGGGGGUUCGAGACGGGCAUCCUCUCCAUCGACCUGCUCGACCCGGCCGACGCGAGGAUCAAGAUCUACGUCCGCGCGCCCCACACCAGCGUCGAGUACCUGAUGGACGCCCUCACCCUCGGCGGCAGGCUGGACCUGUCCGAGGCGGGAGGGUACAGCGGCAAGGCCCUGGCCGACCUGGUCGACUUUUGGAACAUGCUGCUCGGCGACUCGCCCGACGAGCUGCCCGCCGCCCACCCGGGCAGGGCAAGGCCGGGCUUCUACUACACGGUCAAGGCGGGCCGGCCCGUCAGCCCCAAGGUCUACGUCAGCCCCUUUUGGUUCGUAAAGAGCGACAGGGAAGUCAUGCGCAGGAUGCGCAGCUACCUGAGCACACGAGAGGACGAACCAGACAUGCUUGGCCAGAUGGCGAGGUACGAAGGGGCGCUGGAGAGUUAUUUUGGCAACCAAGUUCUGGAGCAGCGGUGUGGCAGCCAUUACUACGUCGGAUGUGCACUGCAGAAAGAUCAACUCCGGCUUGUGACGUAUCUGACGCCGCAGACCUUUGAAUGUGAGCGGGAACGGUUGCAGAAUUCAGAGGCCAAGAGGCGAAAUGCAGGGACACAAGAUGGGGAAACAGUAUCAGAGAUUCAGAGUGAUAGUUGA